AUGAGUGUUCCAAGAUUGAGAAAACUAAAGUGCACAGUGGGGCUGGAUGGUAGCGGACAGUGGCUGUGCACGAAGGCUUUGCGAAGAGACAUGAAGUCCCCAAACACUCACGGCAAGAUGCACCAGUGCCCCUUCUGUCAUUACUCUACUGCAAUUGUCACACAUAUGAAGAGACAUAUUCGCACUCAUACUGGGGAAAAGCCUUUUGCUUGCCCGCAUUGUGCUUAUAGCUGUACUACAAAGGAAAAUCUACAGAAGCAUAUUCGUACACAUACUGGAGAGAAACCUUAUGUGGAGCUGGGCAUUGGCGGUGUGUGGUAUGCUGAGAAAGGCAGUAGCAGAGAUGGAAAGAUGACCAACACCGGCACCAGGACGCAUCACUGUCUCUACUGCCAUUAUUCCACAAAUAUCUUGACAAAUUUGAAUCGUCAUAUGAGGACUCAUACGGGAGAGAAGCCAUUUGCCUGCCCACAUUGCCCUUAUACAUGUACACAGAAGGAAAAUCUGAAAACACACAUAAGAACUCAUACUGGCGAAAAACCUUACACGUGUCCAUAUUGCCCAUUUCGUUCCUCAAGGAAAGAUUCUCUGAAAGGACACAUGUUUCAAGCAAUCUAA